UCUCAACGAAAUAAAAAAUGGUUGGUAUUUAGAUGUCGGAUCAUGAUGGGUAAUGGGAGAAAUUGAAAACGUGUUGAGUGCAAAUGGCUCAGUAGAAGCGGUAAUGUUUUAUUCGGUCACGGAAAUCUGAGUAAUGGAAAGCCUGGGUGGUGGUGGAUUACUAUAUAUAGAAGGGAAGAACGAAGAAGUCUUUAGAGCCCCUCAAUCUUCGGCAGAAGAAGCUCUUUCAUUCUCUUCUUCUUCCGCGUCGGAUUUGUUUUUUUUGUCUCUCUCUCUCGCUCUCUCCUUCUCUCCACUCGAUCCGAAGAGGCCGUUGAGAACAAAUAAAAAUGGUUAAGAUUUGUUGCAUUGGGCUGGGUAUGUCGGUGGACCUACCAUGGCUGUGAUUGCGUUGAAGUGCCCUGCGAUUGAAGUAGCUGUGGUCGAUAUAUCUGUAUCAAGAAUAAAUGCCUGGAACAGCGAGCAGCUUCCCAUUUACGAGCCUGGACUUGACGAUGUUGUGAAGCAGUGCAGAGGAAAAAACCUCUUCUUCUCUACUGAUGUGGAGAAACAUGUUGCAGAGGCUGAUAUAGUCUUUGUUUCAGUUAACACCCCUACCAAAACCCAGGGCCUCGGAGCUGGCAAAGCAGCUGAUCUGACCUAUUGGGAGAGUGCUGCUCGAAUGAUUGCUGAUGUGUCAAAAUCUGACAAAAUUGUUGUUGAGAAAUCAACAGUGCCAGUGAAAACGGCUGAGGCAAUAGAAAAGAUCCUGACCCACAAUAGCAAGAAGAUCAACUUCCAAAUUCUCUCCAACCCAGAAUUUCUUGCUGAGGGAACUGCAAUUCAAGACCUUUUCAAUCCCGAUAGGGUUCUCAUUGGUGGUAGGGAGACCCCAGAAGGUGCAAAGGCGAUACAGGCUUUGAAAGAUGUUUAUGCCCAUUGGGUCCCUGUAGAACGUAUAAUAUGUACUAAUCUUUGGUCUGCUGAGCUUUCUAAGCUUGCUGCCAAUGCCUUCUUGGCACAGAGGAUCUCUUCUGUGAAUGCCAUGUCAGCACUUUGUGAGGCUACCGGUGCAGAUGUAACCCAGGUUUCACAUGCUGUUGGCAAGGAUUCAAGAAUUGGGCCCAAGUUCUUGAAUGCCAGUGUUGGUUUUGGUGGAUCUUGCUUCCAGAAGGACAUCUUGAACUUGGUUUAUAUCUGUGAGUGCAAUGGGCUUCCUGAGGUUGCAAAUUACUGGAAACAGGUCAUUAAGGUGAAUGACUACCAGAAGACCCGGUUUGUGAACCGGGUUGUUUCCUCAAUGUUCAACACAGUCUCAGGAAAGAAGAUUGCAAUUCUUGGGUUUGCUUUCAAGAAGGACACUGGUGAUACCAGGGAGACCCCAGCCAUUGAUGUCUGCAAAGGUUUGUUGGGGGACAAAGCCCGGUUGAGCAUAUACGAUCCACAAGUGUCUGAGGAUCAGAUCCAGAGGGAUCUUUCAAUGAAGAAGUUCGAUUGGGACCAUCCAGUUCAUCUUCAGCCAGCAAGCCCUAUGUCUGUCACUCAAGUUAGUGUCGUCUGGGAUGCUUACGAGGCAACAAAGGAUGCUCAUUGUAUUUGCAUUCUGACUGAGUGGGACGAGUUUAAGAAGCUUGAUUACCAGAGGAUCUAUAACAAUAUGCAGAAGCCUGCAUUUGUGUUCGAUGGCCGGAACAUUGCAGAUGUGGAGAAGUUGAGGGAAAUUGGGUUUAUCGUUUACUCUAUUGGAAAGCCACUAGAUUCAUGGCUCAAAGAUUUGCCAGCAGUCGCAUAAAUACUGAGAAGCAUAAUCGUAUAGGCUUUUGACGGGGUGGAGGGGAAAAAUUGAUAUUUGAGAGAGGAUGUCCUAUGAUAUGUUUAAUUUUUUCUUUGGUUAUUUCUUUCGGAAUUCCGUGUUUCUUCUUGUUUCUUGUUUAUGCUUCUUCUUGCUUCGUUUCUCAUCUGUGGUGUCUACAAAUCUGCCUUUAGCUAUCAGAGUAUGCUCUUUCUCUAUUAUACAACAGUGUAAUAAAUCAGAGAACACCGAGAGAUUUAGUACCAUUCUAUCUUUCAUACCUGGUUACUGUAAAUCCUUUUUUGAGUAUCAAUUUUAAGAGCCUUGUGGGUUA